CCCUGAUAAAUAGGAGGUUCCUAGCUGCCUUCAGUCACACAUCCUCUGAGGACUUUACGCAGGACUGACCACUACAAGGAACUAUGGGGACUUUCACUACCAAAGUUGGAUUAACUUCUGUUUUUAAUGGAGACAAUGUGACUCAGCAGUCUAGUCAUUUGUGGAGACCAUGGACUGGAACAGAGGACAAAACUGGGACACACAAGGCUCACUCUAUUCACGGAGAACUUUCUGCUGCACAACUCCCCAAAGCUCCUCAGUUCAUUCACCCAGUGAAGUUGUACUGGCCGAAAUCGAAAUUGUUCGACUAUCUGUACCAGGAAGCAGAAAUGCUCCUGCGCAACUAUCCGGUCCAAGCGACCAUCUGCCCUUAUGAAGACUCCAGCAGCGACGGAGACAGCGAUGAUGAAGAGGAGGAGAUAGAAAAGGAGCUGAACUAAAUGUGGCUUUCUCAAGCCAUUGAAGACGAAUUCCUUCAUAAUGUGAUAAUAUAUUUCUUUUAACUUAUUACUGUAAAUAUAUGUAAAUGGACCUUUUUCA